UGUACUGUCUUGAUCCAGCGGGCAAGUCUCUUCACGUGGCGUGACGCCAGGGGCAAGGCUUCGUCCCAUCCCGGAAAAAAACGAAACAAAAACUAGUUCAGCGAGCAACACAUCAGUUAACUAAAUACGGUUCGAUCAUCUUGCAUGUCAAGAGGUCAUGCUGGGUGUGGCCGGAAUGACGGGCAGCAUCGCCAAUGCCCUGGCCAGUGCGGCCUGUGAACGAUGCAAGAGUGGCUUUGCUCCCACUGAGAAGAUUGUCAACAGCAAUGGAGAGUUGUACCAUGAACAAUGCUUCGUGUGUGCCCAGUGUUUCCAGCAGUUUCCGGAGGGACUCUUCUAUGAGUUUGAAGGCCGAAAAUACUGCGAGCACGACUUCCAGAUGCUCUUUGCUCCCUGCUGUCGUCAAUGCGGUGAAUUCAUCAUCGGUCGUGUCAUAAAGGCCAUGAACAACAGUUGGCACCCCGACUGCUUCUGCUGUGACAUCUGCCAGUCUGUGUUGGCUGACGUGGGCUUUGUCAAAAAUGCUGGCAGGCACCUAUGUCGCCCGUGCCAUAAUCGGGAGAAGGCUCGUGGUCUCGGCAAGUACAUCUGCCAGAAGUGCCACGCCAUCAUUGAAGAGCAACCGCUGAUCUUUAAGAAUGACCCUUACCACCCGGACCACUUCAACUGCAACAAUUGCGGGAAGGAGCUGACAGCUGAAGCCCGGGAACUGAAAGGCGAACUUUUCUGCUUGCCGUGCCAUGACAAGAUGGGCGUGCCCAUCUGCGGAGCGUGCAGGAGACCCAUCGAGGGCCGUGUUGUCAACGCUAUGGGCAAGCAGUGGCACGUUGAGCAUUUUGUGUGCGCCAAGUGCGAGAAGCCGUUCCUUGGCCAUCGCCAUUAUGAGAGGAAGGGCUUGGCUUACUGCGAAACGCAUUACAACCAGCUUUUCGGUGAUGUGUGUUACCACUGCAACCGUGUGAUUGAGGGUGAUGUCGUUUCGGCUCUCAACAAGGCCUGGUGUGUCAGUUGUUUCUCCUGCUCCACCUGCAACACAAAGCUCACCCUCAAAGAUAAGUUUGUCGAAAUUGACCUGAAGCCCGUAUGCAAGCACUGCUACGAGUGUUUUCCGGAGGAGUUGAAACGCCGACUGGCCCGGCGUGAGCGCAAGAAAAAACCUGCCGCUUCUCAGUAGAGAUCUUAACCUUUGCACGUUGGUGCGGUUUCCGCCUUCCUCCAUGUCGUGAAUAUGCAUGACUCGUCAUAAUAUGCAUGCAUACCUUUUUGGUUUUUUCUUUUUCAAUGUCAGUUUUACCUUCGACAGUACAGCGAGACCCCACUACAUGGCAGCAAAGUACUUAGUAAGAAUCAUAAAACGGCAAUAUCACACCUCUUUGGCAUUUUGUAAUUGGAAGAAAAAAAAUGGCUUUCAAAUGCACCUCCGUUCGGUCGAUUUUGCAUUUACCGUAAAUUCCGGACUAUAAACCGCACCGGACUAUAAGCCGCACCAGCUAAAAUUGGGGGAAAUUUUAGUUUUUUUCUUAUAUAAG